AUUAGAGAGAGAGACAGGAAUAAGAAAGAAACAAUCUAGAAGAAGGAAACAAAACAUACAUCAUCACAGAGUUUGUUUUUAAGGGAGAGGCAAGAGAAGAUCCACAAGAGAGUACAAGAACAUAUCAGUUAGUGACAGUAGAUUGCAGUUUCUUCUUCUUCUUCUUCUUCUACAUCACAGAUUUUAUUUUAGAUUUUCUGAAAAAGAAAGAAGCAUUUAUAGGUUUAUGGGUUAUGUACAUUGAAGCUAUUGUGAGCAAAGAGAGAGUUAUUGUUUUUUAAUAUAUAAUCUGUUGGGGUUAGGGUUUUGAUUUAAUCAGCUGUGGCAACGACGAGGAGGCAUAAUCUACCAACGUCGGAUUCCGGUGCCUUCACCGACUGGGCGGCUACGACGACGACAUCUUCACGCGCCACCGAGGAUCUUUCUCUUGGCUUUAAUGCUGGUCCAUCUGUCGCCCACGGUGGUUUAGCCUCAGCUUCCGCCGCCGCCGGCGUUCCAUCAUGGCCUCUCGGAUCCUCUGUCCGUUACGGCCUCCCGUCGUCGCCGGCGGCUGCGGAGAUGGGUAUGGUCGGUCUAAGAGACGUCUACCUUGUUGCUCCGGGGUACCACCACCAGAACGCCGGAGUUGUAUCUGGAUCCGAUCAGAUCAACAGUAAUGCAUCGCUCGGCGUUGGAAUGAUUCCUCUCCUCACGGCGGCUCCGCCGCAUCAGCAAAACGUGGAGGACACCGACAUUAACUUCCUCGGAGACAGCCGGAGAUGGCAGAACAACAACAGCAACCAGACGCAGUAUCUUCACUUCAAGAGUGCUCAUCAGACGGCGGUGGCGUCUAGCUCGAACAACUCAGGCUCUGGCUCGGCCGCGUCGGGAACCGCCACGUGUCAAGACUGUGGAAACCAGGCGAAGAAGGAAUGCAAGCAGAGGCGGUGCAGGACGUGCUGCAAGAGCCGUGGCUUUGAUUGUUCGACUCACGUGAAGAGCACGUGGGUCUCUGCGGCUCGUAGGAGAGAACGGCAGGUCAUGCCCACCGCGUCGACCUCCUCGGGGACCAAGAAGCUGAGGAUCGUUGGGUCUCAACAACAACAACAAGCCACUUCUCAUACUUCAACUUCUAACACGCCUCCUCAGAGUUUCGAUACCAGCUCCAGCCGCCGAGAUGGAGGACCAAGAGAAGCUUGGCCGGGGCAGGUUAGGGCCGCGGCUGUGUUCAAGUGUGUGAGAGUCACGGCGGUGGAGGACGGGGACGACGAGUACGCAUACCAGGCGGUGGUGAAAAUAGGUGGCCAUGUCUUUAAAGGCUUCUUGUAUGAUCAAGGGCUUGAACCUAAAGAAGGUUUUCCUAAUAUGUCAGACUUGCAUUUAGGCGGGGGAGCUGAUAACAAUAACGGAGUGUCUGUUGCCUCACAGCCUAAUCUUGAUCCGCCGCCAAAUGUAUACGGUGGUGGUGGUUCAGGGGGUUUUUACGGUUAAACUGGUGGUGGUUCAGGGGGUUUUUACGGUUAAACUAUCUUAACAAUUUCCUAAUCUUGAUGUUUUUCUUUUUCUUUUUGCGAAUGGGGUUGGAUACAAAAGAAUUGUCCAUGUGGACGAAGUACUACUAAUGCUACGACAAACAUUCUUGGCAGAUGCCUUUUUUUUACCUUAAUUGGUGGAGAAAAGUUGUUAUUUAAAAAAUAUUGUUACGGUCU